AACUAUAUUCAAUGAAUUGUGAAAUUCAUUAAGACAUGUGUAGAAAACAUAAAUUUUGAAGAAAUUUCCAAUUUUCUUUGAUCCAAUUUCUAUGAAAUUCUUAAACCAUUACCAAUUAUUCUCCUCUUUGGCAAACCUUAAAUAAGUCCUCAAACCCUAACCCCCAAAUUCCAAAAACACAAUCAAAUUCUUCAACCUCUCCAAUUUCUCCUCCAUGGCAGCACCUUCAACCCCAUUAUUCAUCUCAACCACAACUCUCCAUUCAAUCCUUUCUCACAAAACCCUAAUUUCCCAUUUCCAAUCAACUCUUCCAAACGCCACCGUUUCACUCUCUACCCCACCUCGCCAUUCUCACUCCACAUCCCAAACCUCCACUCUUCUCCUCAUGCCUUCUUUCUCCACUUCUUCUUCACUCCCUUACAUUGGGGUAAAACUCGUCACUUCCCAUCCUCAGAAUUCCUCCAUUAAUUUACCUGGUAUUCAUGCUUGUUACACCCUAUUCAGUUCAAUAACAGGUCAAACCCUAGCUCUGUUUGAUGCUACUGAACUUACCCUUUACAGAACUUCAUCAAUUUCCGCUGUAGCUUCUUUCUAUUUAUCCAAAAAUGAUGCCCAUGUUCUUGUUAUGGUGGGUUCUGGUAACUUAUCACCUCAUUUAAUCACUGCCCAUUUGAGUGUUCGACCUAGUAUAAACAGAGUAAUUAUCUGGAAUCGAACGGCAGAAAAAGCAGCUACCUUAGCUGACAAAUUGAGAAGAGAAAAUAGGUUUAAAGGGGUUGAAUUUGAGAGUAAUGGGUGUUUGGAUGAUGUGAUUGGUUUUGCUGAUAUUGUGAGUUGUGCUACCAAUUCAGAGAUUGAAUUGGUUAAAGGAGAGAAAUUAAAGGAAGGAGUUCAUGUUGAUCUUGUUGGAUCAUUCAAACAAACAAUGAAAGAAUGCGACGACGAGACGAUUCGAAGAGGAAGAGUCUUUGUUGAUAAUGAGAUUGCAAUGGAAGAAGCAGGGGAAUUGGUGGGUGCUUUUGAAAGAGGGGUGAUUUCAAAGGAUGAUGUUUGUGGGAAUUUGGUGGAAUUGAUUAAAGGGGAGAAAUUUGGGAGGGAAAAUGAUAAGGAGAUUACUGUGUUUAAAUCUGUUGGUUCUGGUGUUGUUGAUCUUCUUACUGCUCAAUUAGUGUAUGAAACUGUUAGAGAUCAAACUCAGCAUAUAUCCUGACCCAUUUCGCGAUGGUUUAUGUAUAUUUAUCCGUGAUAGGUAAUAAUUAGUGAUCAAUUAGAAAAAUAAAAUAAUUAUAUGAAUUUAUUUCACGGGUUGACGGUUUCAUUGAAGACUUGAUGAGUAAAUGGUCUUUUCUUUGGAUGUUACCAAAUGGGAAUCAAGCAUACUACACCUUAUUGAAUAGAAAUGAGUGUAUGGUACUUGUACUAGUAGAGUAGUAGUAUUAGAAUUGUUGGAAAUUUAUAUUUGUUAGAUUAAUUAUCAAAAUACACACUAUACUAGGGUUAAAGGCUAAUUUCAAUAGCUUUCGUUGUAUUCAUGUUAGUCGUAGUGGUCAUUGUGUUGCUCACCUUGCGGCUAAAGGGGACACCGAUGGUGUCUCGGAAAAAUUUUAUAUAGGUCCUUUUGCCCAAGGUAUUUAAGCCUUAGCGGAUUUUAUGAAGUGAGGUGUUUUAGGUGGUUUAAAAAAAAAAGAUUGAGUCAAAUUGACUAUAGCCAGCUUGUUUGAUCAACUCCGUGCAAUUACUUAUCAAGUUAUCAUUAGAAUUGCUUCUAUACAAAAUGGCA